UCCUCUCGGCGCAAAUUAACAUUUCCUCUUCUCGGAUUUCUCCUGUGUCUCCAAUUCAGUCUCCUGCUUGUGCCCCUUCUGCUCUUCUCAGUAGAGAAGAUCAAUCUAUCUAGCCAGAAGGCAUAUAAUUUCAUUUAAAAAUCAGGAAAUGGCGAGCGCGGUGGAUGCAGCGGGAAAUCCGAUCCCGACUUCGGCGGUGCUGACGGCGUCUUCGAAGCACAUAGGGAUACGAUGCAUGCCGGAGAAUGUCGCGUUCCUGAAGUGCAAAAAGAAGGACCCGAAUCCAGAGAAAUGCCUCGAACAAGGCCGUGAAGUCACUCGCUGCGUGUUCGGCCUACUGAAGGAUCUUCACCAGAGGUGCACGAAAGAGAUGGAUGCCUAUGUUGGUUGCAUGUAUUACCAUACGAAUGAAUUUGAUUUAUGUCGCAAAGAGCAGCAAGCAUUCGAGAAAGCAUGUCCUUUGGAGUGAGUGUCUAACAACAUCUGUGAUGCCAUUCUCAUAAUAAGCAAUGCCCGUUUGCAAUGAGGGGAUACUUUUGUCGCCUAAAUCUUGCUUUUCCAAAUCUGCUUGUCUCAGUUUUUUGUGUCAUUGAUCCAGGAGAAAAACUGAUAUCACUUGUCCUCAUUUUAAGUAGUAUUCUUGAUGGCUGGAUGUCAUUCAUUUGUCCAGCUCGUCCUUCUGAUAUCUAUGUCGAAGAUGCAUUUUUCUCUUGCUCCAUGAUCUAUUCGCUAUUAGUUGCCUAAA